GCGAAGUCCCGAUGGAAUAUACAUCUCCAGCGGCUACGUACACAUGUAUCCUCCGGCAGUUCGCGUGUAACAGCCGCGAUUGCGAGUAGUUCUCGCCGCAUUCUCAUUCAUUAUUUCAUGAAUAACGAUUACGAAGUGUUUGCAUUAUCACAAAUUUAUUCGGAUAAUAAUUGUUAAUUGACAGACUUGUUGUACAUUUUUUGAAUUACGAAUCCCAAAAAUGGCGAAGAUAGGAAAGAGAUGGAAGAGUUGUCUGUCAGCAAAUGCCCUCACUCUCCUGACAGUAAUUGGUGUUGCUGCUGGUGUCGCUCUCGGAUUGAUCCUGAAAUAUUCAAAGGACUCAUGGUCACAACGUGAAAUAAUGUACAUUAACUUUACCGGUGAUCUCUUCCUCCGGAUGCUGAAGGGCCUCAUAUUGCCACUCAUCGUUGCCAGCAUCGUCAGUGCCAUCGGGAGUCUCGAUCUCAAUUUAUCUAGUAAAAUCGGUAUGAGAUCGAUUUAUUAUUAUGCCACAACAACAAUAUGUGCUGUGAUAGUCGGGAUUAUUCUGGUUACCUCGAUCCAACCUGGUCACAUUGGGAAUAAGGAGCUGUUCGUCACCAACAAGUCGUUAGCCCCAAAGAGAGAAGUUACCACUGCCGAUACUCUUCUAGAUCUAGUGAGAAAUAUUUUCCCGCCAAAUCUCGUCCAAGCUUGCAUCAAAAACUAUAGAACGACUCUCAUUAAACCGGCGAAUGCGACUCCUGCUGAGGCGAAUGAUACCUACAAAUGGGGUAUCGAUCACGAAUAUGCCGAAGGAACAAACACCCUCGGUCUUGUCAUCUUUGGAAUCAUCCUGGGCAUAGCCCUUGGAAAAAUGGGGGAUGCUGGACAACCACUCCGGGACUUCUUCAGUGCCCUCUCUGAAGCGAUGAUGAUCAUCACCAACUGGGUCAUUUGGCUGUCACCCGUCGGUGUGACGUUCCUCGUAGCAUCAAAAAUCCUGGAGAUCAAGGAUCUCGGUGCAGUAGUAGGAACUCUAGGUCUCUACUUCAUGACAGUUCUCCUGGGGCUCUUCAUUCACGGUUUCGGUACAUUAUCAUUAAUUUUCUUCGUGUGCACCCGACAACUGCCUUUCAAAGCACUCGGAAAAAUGAGCCACGUCAUGGUGACUGCCUUCGGAACCGCAUCCAGCUCUGCAACACUUCCCAUCACUCUCCAAUGUUUGGACAACAUGGGAGUCGACUCAAGGAUAUCGAAAUUCGUCGUGCCCAUUGGGGCCACCAUCAACAUGGAUGGUACUGCGCUUUAUGAGGCUGUGGCUGCUCUUUUCAUUGCCCAAGUCAGGAAUGUGAACAUGUCGUGGAGCAAAGUUAUCGGUGUGAGCAUCACUGCAACGGCAGCGAGCAUUGGCGCUGCUGGAAUCCCCCAGGCUGGUCUCGUAACAAUGGUGAUGGUGUUGGACACAGUUGGUCUUCCCGCCGAGGAUGUUACCCUGAUCGUAGCCGUCGAUUGGCUGCUGGAUCGAUUCAGGACCACCAUAAACGUCGUCUGCGAUGCCCUAGCAGCAGUGAUAAUCGAAAAAAUGAGUCUGGAUGAGCUCCGGCGACUGGAUGCACCGAAAAGUGAGGAAGUCGUCGAGCUAACGCACCUGAAUAAGGCGGAGGCAUGAGGAAUCAAAGCGCAAUGAGAGUGCGACAAUUUACUGCCCGUCAGAUACUUAUCGAUGUCGCAACACGAAGAGAAAAGUUGAAUGAAAAAUACAUCAGGUAAUCGUGGAACGAGAUUUAAAUCGAUGGAAAAAUAUCUGGAUGAGGGAGAUAUGUGAUGAUUUUAUCGAGAAAGAAAUAUAUCGAUAAAUGGAAAGAUUACCGGUGUUUAUAUGCACUAUUGAGUAAACUAUUACGAUCAUGGGAAUAAUUUUCAAGGGAAUCCGGAAUGAAUUUAAUAAUUUUUAUAUAAAAACCACUAUCUUUAGUGCAUUUUUUAAAAUAGAGUAAACAGCACUGAACAGGGAACUGCCUUCGCGAUUACUUGACGUAUUGGCGAAUUUUCCAUCAACUUUUUUCUUCGUGAAUGAUCGAGUGAUUGCACUUCAACAAUACUCAAGGGCUUGCCAUAUAUUUCUAUUACUAUGACGAAGCAUUUGAGAAAAUGCAUAAUGACGAAUAGUUGUUCUUAUGAACAUUCUGUCGCACGAAAAAAUUUUAUAGGCCGAGCCUUUUUUCACGGAAACUGUCCAGUAAAAACUGAUUAAUAAUUAAAAUCAGUGGAAUUACAUCACUCCAUUCAAAUGUUUUUCAUAAAAACAUCUGGACGUGAAUACUCGAAGUUUCUUUAUUCAAUUUUUCCAGUGAGGGAAAAAUAGAGUAGACAAACUAAAAAUUUGCCAAAAAAAUGGAAAAAUCUGAUUUCAAAAACUCGUGAGCAACUUUUAUAUGAAAAUGUGACGAUAACAUAAUUUGUCAUUGAAAAAUAGAUUUUUUAAGAUUUAUUCUGAUGAAUAUGUGACUUUUACUGUAGAAACCUUUCAACUGAUGAGCAGAAAAUUUUCAAGAAUUUUCUAUAAAAAAUUUUCGUGCGAAUCUCAAUCGUUCCACCGAUGGCUGAAGGUACUAAACUUCUACGAACAAUUCCGAUUGAUUCAAACUACGUGCGAGACAGUCAUUCCAUCUCACGUUCACACAUUAAUAGUAGCUCGUUUCAAAGGUUAAUUGUAUUAUACAAUGAGAGACAUGGCGACGGGUGAAUUUAAUUCAUUUGCUGAAUAAUUAGUUGUUAAAUGACAGCGGCACUGGGAUAAAUUGACACUGGUAGAUAUUUCGAGGACUUGCCCUUCAAAUAUUAUAAAAUACACUUGAAAUUAAGUGAAAAGUCAGAUUCAGAAGUCAGAUUUGAAGUUGAGUCAUUGAUAUUGGUUGACUCUAUAAAAUGAUCUGUAUAAAACUGGAAACGUCCUAGCAUUGAAAACUAUUGAAUAUCAGACAAUUGACGUCCACUAAAUAUCAAAUAUAAAUUAUCAAAAUAUUCCUGAUUCCAGAUCAAUCUGUACAUUCUAUUGUGUUUUAUUACUGCACCCAGUGGGUGCGUAGACGCAUUCCUAGAACUAACGAGGUGCUCAUCACUUUGCCUACUAAAAAACAAAGAUUUACAAUUUCUUAACGAAGGGGUGAAAUGUAAUAAUAAUUCAGGAUUUCGUUCAGAUCUGAAUUUUUCGGAAUAACAUUUUUGCAAUUCAUAUUUCCCUUUCUGUUUUCAACAUAUUCAGAAAAUUGAUGAUUCCUUCAAUGAAUUAUUAUUACUCCUGAAGUUAAUUAUUUCAUUUCACUUCAAUUCCAGUUAUACUGAUGGUGUCUAUUACAAUGAGUCAAUUGUUCCUCGUAUUUAAGAAUGUUAGUUAUAAAAAUAAAUAUUCAUUUAUUCUAUUGGCGUUAAUUCAUGCUGAUGGCAUAUAUUUAUAUGUAAACGUUCAGCAUUUGUGAAAUUGUGUAAUUUUUAUGAAUAAAAACAGUUUUAUAAAAUUGUUACAUCAAAAUCAUUUGUUAUUUCACGCUAUACUGCAUUAAAAUAUUCAAACAAUUAAUAAUAAUAGUAAUAAUUAUCUCGUAUUUCAGUCAUUUCAGGGGAAAGUGUUAGCAAAAAUGUGGAUCAUAUAAUUAUCGAUAGAAUAAAUUUCAUAAGAAGAUAAAUAUAUUUAUUUAACAGUUGAUUAUUUCAUCACUUCAUUUCAUUAAUUCAAUAAUUAAGCUAGAAAAAUUUCACUCCCUGAUUAUCAUCGAAAAAUAUCAGUUCAGCUUUACCUUGAGAUUCCAAGGUCUUGAGUGCUCUAGUCACAACUUCAUUAUCUAAUCCAUAAAAUUCUGGAAAAUAACGAGAAAAUUCAUCAACAUGAUAAUGAGCUCAAUCAUGGUCAUGAUAUUUAUGGUCAACUGACCUUGAUCCACCGUGUUAUCGCCUUGGGUCAGUUCAAACAGAGUGCAGACAGAUCCAACGAAUCCAUUCUCCUGUGCCCAGUUGUAAAUUAUCUCGCCCCAUUCAUCCAGCGUGUGCCAAUGGACCAACCACCGUUGCUUCGAUUUGUCAAGGGGACUUGCAUUACCGGAUUUUGAGAGGUUCUCCAGGAUUAAUUGGACAGCGUCGACGGAGAGUUUCCCUGAGUCACAUUUGAAGAGAAUUUUUUAUAAAUUGAAGAAUGAAUUUUUUGAAGAACUGAAUUUGAUUUUUUUAUGUGCAGUUCUUGUCUUUCAGUCGUCUUACUUUUGAUCUCACUAUUAUUGAAAAGUCGAGUGGAAUGAAUUUCUCGAACAUCCAGAACCGAUUGUUUCGUGGCUUUGUAAUAAUCCAAGACAAGGCUCGUCCACGCCGACAAUUGUUUCUCCUUGGUUUCAUCAUGUGGCUGAAGACUGCAACAACAAUGUUAUCAACAAUCCCCGAAUAAAUAAAACAUAAUAAAAUCCUCUAUGUCGAGGAAAGCAUUAACCUACGUAAAAAAAGGAGGAAAACUGUACUGCCAAGGCCACUCUAUUUCUCCCAUCCUCAGGCCUUUGUUCCACUUUUUAGGAAUAUCACCAGCUGGUUAGUUACACCACCGGCGAGCUCGUUGACCGAUUUAACAAACUAUUAAUUAAUUCGUUUAUUAUUUACAAGGAAGAGACGUCAGUCCGCCAAACUUCAUGCUCUCUCUUCCCCUCGCGAAUGUGAACCCUAACCUCUUCGUGCGUCGCUGGAAGCUCCCCACUAAUUGUAAAAUCCACCGAAUAUAUUUUGAUGUUGUCAACAACAAUAUCUUAUCACUGAAAGUUACAUAUGUCUAUUCUUCGUUCAGGAAGUGAAUGGGAUUGUCUAAUCAUCUGACGAGAAGUUACUGGAGAGAAUUUCCAUGAACAGAUGUGGCGCGAAGCGAGUGGCAUUUUUGCUCCGAAUUAUUUUACGGAUUUUUUAUUAUGUAGAUGAGAGUGAUAAAUAAUUGAUAAUUUGGUUGGCACAACUUGAAGUGUCUUCAAUUCAUAGGAUAUACCAGUGAGGACAGGAAGAGGAAUACAAUUGAGGUCUUCCAACGAGUGGCUGUGAAGAGAUUUUGAGAUCGGUCAACUUCUAGAAUGAAGGGUUUGAUAGUUUCGUAGCGGUGAUGUCAAUCG